AAUCACCUAACUGUACGCCAUGCAAAAUGUCCGCCGUGGAAAUGGUGAUGAGCUCACCUGUGCGCGCUCUCAGUGCGCCUCUGGCGGAAGCGCGCGGUACUGCCAGGCACCGGCGCACUGCCGCCGCGCGGGGGCGCGCAAACAAAGCAGCACGAGCGGCGGCUGCAGCCUGCAGGCCGAGACGCUGAGAGCAAAUACAGCGCAGGCCGCUCUUAGCAAGCGGAGACCUCUCCACGAACCUCCACCCACGGCCUGGACCGGGCCAUGGCGGCGGAACCGUGCUCGCAGAUUGAAGCUGAACUUUAUUACCUGAUCGCCAGAUUCCUGCAGUCUGGACCAUGUAAGAAAUCCGCUCAGACACUGCUGCAGGAGCUGCACGAAUACGAUAUCAUCCCGAAGCGCUGGAGCUGGGAAGGAAAGCAGUUUAAGCGAAGCUUUGAAGACUGGGUCUUGUUAAAUCAGCACAUACCUGCGGAUUACCUGUUGCGCGUGUGUGAGCAGAUUUCCCCAUUGAUAGAUAAACACAUUCCUCCUAGUGUUCCUGGAGUCCACAGUUUACUGGGCAGCGGGCGACAGUCAUUACUACGGACAGCACAAAGUUCUUCUCAUACAGUAUGGAGUGGUUCUGCAGUAGUCGCUUUGCACAGGGGACGGCCCCCAGAACCACCUCUCAACUGUGCCAAACCACCAAAUAUAGUGUCAAUCAUGGGUGCUCGCCAAAAAACAGGAGUGGCUCGAUUUGGCCACGUCGUCCCCUCCUGUACCUAUCAGCACAUGAAGAUGCAUCGAAGGAUUCUGGGCCAUCUCUCAUCAGUGUACUGUGUGGCAUUUGACCGCACUGGGCAGCGCAUUUUUACGGGUUCUGAUGACUGUCUAGUGAAGAUCUGGGCGACGGAUGAUGGCCGUCUCCUAGCCACUCUGCGUGGACAUGCAGCAGAGAUUUCAGACAUGACUGUGAAUUUCGAGAACACGCUCCUUGCUUCCGCCAGCUGUGACAAGGUCAUCCGCGUGUGGUGCCUGCGUACCUGUGCACCUGUGGCAGUGUUGCAGGGGCACACAGCCUCUAUCACCUCCGUACAGUUUUCUCCUUCAGCAUUAGGUUCCUCUCGGCAUCUGGCCACCACUGGCGCUGACGGGAUGGUGUGUUUCUGGCAGUGGAACUCACUCAGUAUGAAGUUUAAUGAUCGGCCUGUGAAGUUUAUGGAACGUUCUCGUCCCGGAGUUCAGAUAUCCUGCAGUUCCUUCAGCUCUGGGGGAUUGUUUUUGGCCACCGGAGGGACAGAUCACAUGAUCAGAGUUUACUACCUCGGCACAGAGAUGCCUGUGAAGUUUUCUGACCUGGACUCCCACACGGAUAAAGUUGUAGCUAUUCAGUUCUGCAAUAACACAGACAGUCUCAGGUUUGUGAGUGGCAGUCGGGAUGGUACGGCUCGGAUUUGGCAUUACCAACAGCAGGAAUGGAAGAGUACCGUGCUGGACAUGACCACCAGAUUACCAGGGAGUGCUGUGAUAUCAGGCGAUGACAAAUCGACUAAGUUGGUUGUGACCAUGGUCGCGUGGGAUCGUUACGAUCGCUCCAUCAUCACAGCUGUUUCAAACUGCCUCCUCAAAGUCUGGAACUCAGCAAAUGGCCAAUUACUACAUGUGCUGUCGGGUCAUGAUGAUGAGGUGUUUGUUUUGGAAGCACACCCCUUUGACUCACGAAUCUUGUUAUCAGCUGGUCAUGAUGGUAACAUCUACAUCUGGGACCUCAGUAAAGGCCUCAAGAUCAGAAACUUCUUCAAUAUGAUCGAAGGCCAGGGUCAUGGUGCUGUGUUUGACUGUAAAUUUUCUGUGGAUGGGCAGCACUUUGCCUGCACUGACUCUCAUGGUCAUCUGCUAAUCUUCGGAUUUGGGUGCAGUCAGCCUUACGAAAAGAUUCCAGACCAAAUGUUCUUCCAUACGGAUUUCCGGCCGCUGAUCCGGGACUCCAAUAACUUUGUUCUAGAUGAGCAGACGCAGCAGGCACCCCAUCUUAUGCCUCCACCUUUUCUGGUGGACGUAGAUGGGAACCCCCACCCUCCUCGUUCCCAGCGCCUGGUGCCAGGCAGAGAAAACUGCAAAGAGGAGCAGCUUGUGCCACAGCUCGGCUACAUGGCUAAUGGUGAUGGUGAAGUGGUUGAGCAGGUGAUUGGCCAGCAGACUGCAGACGAGUCUCAGGAAGAAAGCCCAUUGGAUGACCUGAUUAGGCAGCUCCAGCACCAGCAAGAUGAGCAGCUCAACUCAGGAAAUCCUACAGUAGGUGCUGAGGUGGCAGGUGGUCCUCUGUCACCCCCUAACGUUGGGCUGCGACGUAGCGGACAAGUUGAGGGUGUACGGCAGAUGCACAAUAAUGCCCCCCGCAGCCAGAUCGCCACUGAGAGAGACCUGCUGGCGUGGAGCCGCCGCGUGGUGGUUAAUGAAGUCCAGCCUGGCAUAUUCAGAGUGAUGGAAGACAGUAGGCGUGCUAAAGGAGAGUUAGAAAGGUCUUUCUACAACAUUGAGAAGAAGAAGAAAUCUGCACCCGCACCAGGAAAUGAGCCAGUGGGAGAGAGUGGUCGCGUGUUACGGAGGCCUCAGCGCAGGCCUCAGCAGAGGAGACACACGUAUCAGACUCGCUCGACUCAAGAAAGAAGACGCAGCACAAGUGUGCUCUCAUACAACCACAACGAGGAAAGUGUGGCAGAGUCCGACAGUGAAGUGGAGCAGCUGGAGGAGGAGCAGAAUGAAAACAGUGACGUGUCCUCUGAUGGUGAAGCUCAGUGGGAGAAUGACAGUAGCUCCAGUGACUCUUCUAGCGAGUAUUCUGAUUGGACGGCAGAUGCGGGAAUCAACCUCCAGCCUCCGAAGCGAACAAGUAGAAGGCUGCCGGCUCGUGUUGCUGUGAGCAGUAGCUCUGAGGACGAGGAGGGGACGGGGCAGGGGCCGGGAGAAGGAGAGGCUGAGAGAACCAGUAAACGCACUGAAAAGAAAAAGAAACCUAAACAGCGGUCUGUGCCUGCUGGCGAUUUAGAGGAAUGGUUGCCCCCAUCUUGGAUCAUGGAGACCAUUCCAAGACGAUCACCCUUUGUACCUCAAAUGGGAGAUGAGCUGAUAUAUUUCCGUCAGGGUCAUCAAGCAUAUGUCCGAGCCGUGUGUCGUGCCAAAGCCUACAGCAUCAACCCUCAGAAACAGCCCUGGAACCGCCUGAACCUCAGGGAUCAGGAGUCUGUAAAGGUAGUGGGUAUUAAAUAUGAAGUCGGGCCGCCCACUCUGUGCUGCCUCAAACUGGCUCUCCUGGAUCCCACCUCAGGGAAAAUGACCAACGAAUCCUUCAGCUUGAAGUAUCAUGAUAUGCCUGAUGUCAUUGACUUUCUGGUGCUACAACAGUUUUACAAUGAGGCUAAAGAACGCAACUGGCAGCCUGGUCAGCAUUUCAGGAGCAUCAUUGAUGAUGCUUGGUGGUUUGGUUCGGUGGAGUGUCAGGAGCCAUUUCAGUCUGACUAUCCAGACAGCCUCUUUCAGUGCUACAUUGUCAGAUGGGAUAAUGGAGAGAGAGAGAAAAUGAGUCCAUGGGAUAUAGAGCCCAUACCUGAAGAAGCUCCACUUCCAGAGGAACAUGGAGGCAGUGUCCCAGUUACAGAGGACGAGCUGCAGGCCCUGCUGUACACUCCUCAGGAGGGAGAGUGGGGACUGCACACACGAGAUGACGAGUGCGAGAGAGUCAUCACAGCCAUAGAUCAGCUGCUAACGCUCGAUGUGGCAAAGGCAUUCUCCCACCCUGUAGAUUUGAGGGAAUAUCCACUGUACUGCACUGUUGUGUCCUAUCUUACUGACCUUAGCACCAUCAGAACAAGAUUAGUCCACCGUUUCUACAGGCGGAUCUCAGCACUAAUGUGGGAGGUGCGUUACAUUGAACACAACGCUCGAACAUUUAACGAACCGCAGAGCCCUAUCGUCAAAGCAGCCAAAACGGUCAGCAGCGUCCUGCUGCGUUUCAUCAGGGAUCAGACCUGUACUGAUAUCUUGGAUCUCUACGAUAAGAUGAAGAGCGAAUUCAGCAGCGAGGAAGAGGAAGAGGAGACUGUGGAUGUGGACUCGGACACUCCUGGCACCUCCACUGGUCAGAGGAGGUCCAAUAACGUGCCUCAGAAGCGUGGAGUGGUCCUGGAUAUUAGCGCGUGGCACGGACUGUGCAAAGAGCUUCUGAGGAGAAUGAUGGCAAGUUCUGAUUCGGAGCCUUUUCGCCAGCCUGUUGACCUCUUCACCUACCCGGAUUAUCGUGAUAUUAUAGACACUCCAAUGGAUUUAGGCACAGUCUCUGAAACCCUGAUGGGUGGGAACUACGAGAAUCCCAUGGAGUUUGCCAAAGAUGUGCGGCUUAUCUUCAGUAAUUCAAAGGCUUACACGCCCAACAAGAAGUCACGAAUCUUCAGUAUGACUCUGAGUCUGUCAGCGUUCUUUGAGAAUCAGAUCAUUCCCAUAAUCUCAGACUACAAAUCUGCAGUUCAGAAUCAACGUAGGAGUCAACAGAGACUUAGUUGCAGCAAGAAAUUACAGAGCUCCUGUCCCAACAGCCCCAAAGGGAAACAGAAAUCAGGAAAGAAAACUUCCCAGGUGUCUGCAAAAGGCCGCUCACGCAAAUCCUCUCAAGAUUUGAAUGUUGCACAAGUCGAUGAAGACAGUCAGGCAUCCUCUUCAUCCUCAUCCACUUCCUCCUCAUCUUCCUUGUCCUCUUCUUUAGAGCAGGCAGGAGCCAACAGAGUUACACGCAGCCGUGUUGCACCAAACAAAUUCUCAGGUGGCCAUGGCUUACUGCCAAAUGGAGGUCGAAGUUCACGUCGGAGAGGGGCCGUGUUACCUGAAGAGGGAGAGGUCUCUGAAUGUGAGAGCACCAGCUCAUCGUCAUCCUCAACAUCUGCAUCAUCAUCCUCUUCCGGAACCUCAUCGUCUUCGUCCGAGAGUGACGACAGCGGGGCUGAGGUGGGCAGCUUUGCCGACGGCGGCGAUCAUGACUACAGCAAAGCACCCCAACACAAAGAGAAAGGCAAAGCGGCAGCGGCGUCUGUCGAUAACACAAAGAGAAAGCGCAAAGAAGAAGUGCAAACAACUCCUGUGAAACGAGCACGGCUAGCAAAUGAAAGAGAUGAACCCGAGGAGGAACCCGAAGAGGAACCCGAGGAGGAACCCGAAGAGGAACCCGAGGAGGAACCCGAGGAGGAACCCGAGGAGGAACCUGAGGAGGAAGAGGAGGAACCUGAGGAGGAGCUUGAUGAGGAAGAGGAGGAGUCGGAGGAGGAGGAAGACAAUGUAAUUUCGUCAUCAACAAAAACUGGAAGUCAGAGGUCAAAUCAAAGGACUCCAAAGUCAGGGCGGGUUAACACUCGUAACCAGGGUCGAAGGACCGUUCUGUACAACGAUGACUCUGAGGACGAGGGGCCAACGACAGACCCACUGAAUCUGGGAAUGUCGCGUUCUGGAAGGGUCCGUCGCAUGACUGAACGUGCAAGGGUCAGCCAUCUUAUGGGCUGGACACAUUGACAUUUUGUGAUCUUUACACAGACUCACUACAGCGAUACUGCAGGGAUUUUGUUUUUAGGACUGUGUUUUUGAGAUUUGUUUGUUUUUGUUUUUUACUGUUGUUGUCAUCUCAGAAACUUGGAUGUUCACGACUCUUCCUGGACUGUGGUGCUCUCAAACUACCACGCUAUCAACUAAUCGGCCACCUCUGCCUUAUUCUGGUCCAGAGCAGUAAAGAGUCAACUUUUUGUGUUCAUCCUCCCUUUCUCCUCUUGUUUGACUUUGAUUCUUUUGGUUUCUGGCUUGUUUCCCUCCGAGGAAUCUGUUCUGUCAGAAAGAUGGUGCUGCUUUCUUCUCACGUUUUCCAUCUCGCAUUCUUUGCGUACCCUUUUUUACACAGGGGGUCAUUGAGAACACUUAAGUUUACCAUGUAAUUCAACUAACUUGACUUUACUAUUCAAUCAGGUUAUGCAUUUACCUCUGUUCAAGAAUUUAAUCAAUUUUGGUGCAGGUGCAACCUCUGAGAUGCAUUAACUACUUCCAGAUCACUCAUGGUAAUCCUCAUCCAUUUGAGCACAGACACGAGGAGGAUUAUGGGAAAUGUAGGAGAAAAUGCACUUCUCCCUUCUCUUGUUCAAAUAUACAAAAACACUUCAGACUGUUUUUACAGGAUAUAUUUAUAUUUUUCCACUCUUGUAUGAUUCACUUUGAUUCAUUCUUAUCUUGCAGUAAGGAGAACAUUAGUAUUGAUAAUGUUUGCACAUUUUAUGUCAAGUAUAUGUGGCAGCUGAUUGGUGGAUCUGAGGUGAUGUCUGAAUCCUGGACUCUGACUGCUUCAGAUAUAAUGUAAAUUGAAGCUAUCUGAAGAGCAACUGUUUGUUUUCUCCCCUUUUUUUUUACUUUUUAAAAUGUUUUUUUUCCUCUCUCUCUUUUUUUUUUCUCUCUCCCUCUCGCUCUUGCUCUCUCUCUCGCUCUCUCUCUCUCUCUGUCAUUAUCAUGAAAGACAGAAAAGGCUGUUAUGUUUUAAACAAGGAAGAUGAAAAGAAAGCUUCUCUGGAAAUCAUCUUAUGUGAUCGUAAUCAAUGGUAAUGUUUCACUGGUGUAUUUUCAGGAUGACGAAGACUAAGCAAUAUAAAUUGAAGAGCUCAUGAGUUGAAUCUGAGUUUGGUUCGGUUAUGAAUUUUUUUUAAAACAUUGAUACAUCUCUCUCUUCUCUUCUCUUCUCUUCUCUUCUCU